UCUUCAAGGUCACAGCAAGCUAGUGCUAAAGUGCUCUCUUUUGUGUAUUGAUGAGGGGGAAGAGGAGGGAUUCUUGCCUUCUGGUUCAGAAUUCUACAUGAUGCUCAUUGCUUGGCUCAGCUGCUCUGUGGGGUAAACUGGGUGGGAAGUGCAGAUCUGGGCUGGGAGGGAGACAAGAAAUCUGAUCAAGAGUCUUGGUUGCUGCAUCCGUCUCAGGCCUUGUACACCUUUGACUAUGGCUUUCUGGCAGAAACAGAUGGACAUGGGCUAGCAGAUGACACAGUUGCUACUUCUGGCUUUGGUGGCUGCUGCAUGGGGUGCCCAGUCCAGCACUCCAUGGGCCAUGACAGAUCUGCUCCAUGUUUGCACGGACGCCAAGCACCACAAGACAAACCAGGCCCUGGGGACACGCUACAUGACCAGGGACUGACAUGGCCCGGCCGAUUACAACACAGCUGCUGCUCUUUCUGGUGUGGGGGUCUGCAGUGUGGGCAGCACGGCCCAGGACUGAGCUUCUCAAUGUCUGCAUGGACGCCAAGUACCACAAGGAAAAGCCAAGCCCCGAGGACAAGCUGCACGAGCAGUGUAGUCCCUGGAAGAAGAAUGCCUGCUGCUCCUACAAUACCAGCAAGGAAGCCCAUAAGGAUAUUUCCUACCUGUACAGAUUCAACUGGGACCACUGUGGCCAGAUGGAGCACGCCUGCAAGCGCCACUUCAUCCAGGACACAUGCCUAUAUGAGUGCUCCCCCAACCUGGGGCCCUGGAUCCAACAGGUGGACCAGAGCUGGCGCAAAGAACGGAUCCUUGACGUGCCCCUGUGCAAAGAGGACUGUGAGAGCUGGUGGGAAGACUGCCGCACCUCCUACACCUGCAAGAGCAACUGGCACCAGGGCUGGGACUGGACCUCAGGGUCUAACCAGUGUCCAGUGGGAGCUACCUGCCAACCCUUCCAUAUCUACUUCCCCACGCCUGCUGCUCUGUGCAAUGAAAUCUGGAGUCACUCCUACAAGAUCAGCCAAUACAGCCAAGGAAGCGGCCGCUGCAUCCAGAUGUGGUUCGACCCAGCCCAGGGCAACCCCAAUGAGGAGGUGGCGAGAUUCUAUGCUGAGGCCAUGAGUGGGGCUGGGCUCCGUGAGGCGGGACCUCUCCUGCUCGGCCUGGCCCUAGUACUGCUCCGGCUGCUCAGCUGAGCUCCUUUUACCUUCUAAGACCUGGACAUCCCGGCCCUGUUCAACCCCACAGCUCCCAGCUAUUCAGUUCCUGCUCCAUGGUGGGAACUCUGUCUCAGAGUUUGAAUAAACCAGAUACCCCACAUGUGUCGUGUGAAUUAUUUGG